ACUUUUCUGUUUACCACUUCCGGUUAAAUAUUUACACCCAACUUAAGAAAACCAGCAACAUGGCAGGACAAACAGCUGUUCCACAAACUGCUAGAGCUUGGAAUCCAGAUUUUACACACGCAGACCGGGAAAGGUGGAUUUGUAUUUAUCCAACUUAUAUUAAUAGUAAAAGAACUGUACAAGAGGGCAGAAGAGUACCCUGUAGUAAGGCUGUAGAUAAUCCAACUUAUUCAGAGAUUAAAGAUGUUUGUGCUGCAGCAGGAUUAACCCUAGGAGUAGAGAAUAAAGUUUACCCAAGAGAAUUAGAUCACAGGGAUCCUAAAUGUAGAGGAAGAAUUAGAAUUCAAUUAAAAAAUGAAGAUGGUUCAAUAAUGCACGAAAAAUUUCCAACAAGAAAGUCUGUAUUAUUUUAUUUAGCUGAAACAAUACCCAAGUUAAAAACAAGACAAUCAUCAUCCCAGGCCUCAUCACAACAACAACCUGCUAAAAAUCAAAAGAGAAAGGGUAAAAAGGGGAGAUAAUCUAAAUGAUGUAAAAACUCAAGCUAUUUCCAGGGAAUAUGGGAAGAACUACAGAAGCAUAUUAACCAUCUUGUAAGCCCAGUUGAUGUGACAUUUGCUGACGCAGCUAAGCAAUGUAUUAAAAAGAGCCGGGGGCCUGUUUCACGAAAUUUUAACUUAAGAUAAAAUCCAAUCAAAUUACUUAAAUUUGGUGAAAUGGGGCCCCAGACUUGCAUACAUAAAAAAGUUUUGGUAGGAUUUACAAGCUAGUGGGGUUAUAUUGGGCUUUUUAUACACCCACAUUUUCAUGUGGACGUAUAUUGUCGUCGCCCUUGUCCGUCCGUCCACAAUUGUUUGUGAACAGUCUACAGGUCACAAUUUUUUCCGAUUUCAAUCAAUGAAACUUGAAAUAUAGGUUUAUCACCCUAAGAUCUUGGUUCCUUUCGAUAUUGGCAUCUAUCGGACCGUAACUUCAUGGAUUAUGGCCCCUGAUUGUACGAAAAAUCACGUUUUGGGCUUGUGAACACUGUAGAGGUCACAAUUUUUAUCCGAUUUUGUUGAAACUUGAAAUGUAAGUUUAUAACCCAAAGAUCUCAGUUCCUUUCGAUAUUCGCGCAUAACUUCCUGAAUUUAUGGCCCCUGAUUGUACAUAAAAACGUGUUUUUUUGGCUUGUAGACCCUAUAGAGGUCAUAAUUUUUAUCCGAUUUAAAAAAACAUUAUUAUAUCACCAAUAAUCCCUAAGGACGGUUGAGUUCGAAUUUCGUGAAAAUCGGCCCAAAACUGACAAACAAUAUGGCUGCCGUUUGUUCUCAAUUAGCGUAAAAAUAUGGUAUAUCAAGGUUGUGGGCCCUAUAGAGGUCACAAUUUUUAUCCGAUUUUGUUGAAACUUGAAAUGCAAGUUUAUAACCCAAAGAUCUCGGUUCCGAUUUUGUUGAAACUUAAAAUGUAAGUUUAUAACUCAAAGAUCUUGGUUUCUUUCGAUAUUUGCGCAUAUCGAAUUGUAAUUUCCUGAAUUAUGGCCCUUGAUUGUAGGAAAAAUCACUUUCGUUUUAGCUUGUUUUCUAUCCAUCUCUCGAAAAUGUGGGGGUAUCCUGCCUGGCAGCCACUGGUUUCUUUUUAUAAAUGUCAACCAUAUCCCAAGUUAUUUCUGAAUUGGAAUUCCUUUUAAUCUUCUACCAGAAGGAUAUCACCAUUCAGUAGAUGUAUGUAAUUGUAAAACAUUUGUAUAGUAUUUUCAUAGUAGAAAACUGUCCAAGAUUAACCUAUUCAACACCAUUGGAAAAUCUUGUAAUUCAUAAUAUGUAAAUUGUAAAUAAUGAGAUUUGCUCUAAUGUUUGCCUAGAAAAUUAAAGGAAUAUUUAAAUUCAAAUGUACAUCAGCUGCUUAUAUAUUUCUACACUUUAUAAGAUAAAUGGGCAUUCUCCGCUUUUAACAGUAUACAUUUGGUCAAACUCUGUAACAUCUGUUGUUGGUCUAAAGAUUUUUGACCAAAGACCUCUCACUUAAUGGAACUGUAAAUGACAAAAUAUUCUGUUUUUUGUAGAUUUUAUUUUGACUGAUUAAUACAAUGUUAAAAAUUUCAUGCCAUGACUAUAUACAAUAUGAAAUAUUUUUAAUUCUCCACCAGCAGAGCUCAUCUUAUUCUUUAAAUUACCUGUAAAAAAAAAUGUAAAAUUAUUAGGGAGUGUACUACGUAAUAAAAUUUAUUUGUGGUUAA